GUUUUUUUAUCGGCUUCAAGACGUCCGUUCAGCAGGCAUUCGCAUAGGUAGAGGUACUGAAGCAUAUUGACCUAAACCGCAUCGUCAUUCUCGUCGCCCUUCGUCGCCCUACAACAUCUGAAGGCCAGAUUGCGUCGCCACAUAUCUUGAACCGCAAGACCCUCAAAGGGCCUAAAACACCAAUAUGCCUCAGAACGAAUACAUCGAACGCGCCCAGAAGCUUCACGGUAAGCGUCUGGACACCGAGGAGCGCGCACGCAAGAAGGCUGCCCGUGAGGGUCACAAGCAGAGCGAGAAUGCACAGAACUUGCGUGGCCUGAGGGCCAAGCUCUUUGCCAAGGAGCGUCAUGCCCAGAAGAUCCAGAUGCGCAAGGCCAUCAAGCAGCACGAGGAGCGCAAUGUCAAGGGCGCCCCCGAGGAGAAGGACCCUUCGAACCCCGUUCCCGCUUAUCUGCUCGACCGUUCGAACCCCACGAGUGCGAAGGCUUUGAGUUCCCAGAUCAAGAGCAAGCGUGCCGAGAAGGCCGCUCGUUUCUCGGUCCCUAUUCCCAAGGUCAAGGGUAUCAGCGAAGAGGAGCUUUUCAAGGUCGUCAAGACGGGCAAGAAGGUGCACAAGAAGGGCUGGAAGCGCGUCGUCACCAAGCCAACAUUCGUCGGACCCGAUUUCACCAGACGCCCAGUCAAGUACGAACGCUUCAUCCGGCCCAUGGGUCUCCGUUACAAGAAGGCCAACGUCACCCACCCUACCCUCAAUGUCACGGUUCAGCUCCCCAUUCUCGGCGUCAAGAAGAACCCCAGCAACCCCCUUUAUACCCAGCUUGGUGUUCUGUCCAAGGGUACUAUUAUCGAGGUCAACGUUUCCGAUCUUGGUAUGGUCACCGCGUCGGGCAAAAUUGCCUGGGGUCGUUAUGCGCAGAUCACCAACAACCCUGAGAACGACGGAUGCUUGAACGCUGUGCUCCUGGUUUAAGCGCAAGAGUGAAGAGGGUGAUGGUUUGAUUUGUCUAAUUAUAUGUCUAGUCUCUUGGGCGGCAACUGUAACGGGAUUGCGUUAAAUCUGAUUUUGCAUCUGGGACUGGCGUCUGGUGUUUUGAAAGAGGAUCGACACUCACGGCCGCGCAAAAUAUCUCGUCCGGGGGUUCACUUAGGUAGUAUAGUGGUUAAGAUACACACACAAUCUGCGGUAGAACAUUAUACCCUCCGAUCAUUUGUUUUGGUUGAUUGUAUCACCUGAUGGUUUAGAAGACAUGGAUUAAUAC